AGUAUGCCUUUCCACUAAAAGUGACAUUGGCAAAGGAUCUAACAAAAACAUAUGUGGAAGUAUUCAUGUUCUCAUCUGCUAAUUAGUGUUCAGCCCACAUUUUUGCUAUCCAAUAAUUAAGAAAUGGAAGUUUUUCACUCUAUCAAAGACUUGGUUGCAACAAGAGGUAGUGGUUAUAGUAAUCUCCUAGUGCGAAGGCCCAUGCAAAUUACAGUGUUCUGUAUUGGAUUUGCUGUGUUGUUGAUGUUCUUGAUAUGCAACUAUCCUUCUCCCUUUAGAAUUUCUACUAUCUCAAACUACUUCAACGGUGUCUCAACAAAGGAGAAACAUGAGUCGAGGCUAGAGAGUAUUCUAAGAAAUGCAUCGAUGGAGAAUAACACAGUUAUCAUCACAAACUUGAAUGAUGCAUGGGCAGAACCAGGUUCAAUAUUUGAUGUAUUUCGAGAGAGUUUUCGAAUUGGGAACGAGACACAACGAUUCUUAAAUCAUUUGGUGGUAAUUAAUUGGGACCAAAAGGCACAGGUACGUUGCCAAGCCGUACACCCACAUUGUUAUCAAAUUGAAUCAAAGAGCGAGAAUGCCACAUCAAAGGAAGCAUUUUUUAUGACCAAAGACUACCUCCACAUUGUGUGGAAAAAAAUUGAGUUUCUUGGCCUUGUUCUUCAACUGGGCUACAGCUUUAUCUUCACGGAUACCGAUGUAAUGUGGCUAAGGAACCCCUUCAAACAUUUUCAAGAAGAUGCAGAUUUCCAAACUUCUUGUGAUUAUUUCACUGGAAACUCCUCGGAUAUGAAUAAUGCUCCAAACACAGGGUUCAGCUAUGUAAAAUCCAAUGAAAAAACCAUUUGGCUCUACAAGUUUUGGUUCAACUCUAGCAAACUUUACCCAAACUUGCAUGAUCAAGAUGCGUUUAACAUGAUCAAGAUUCACCCUAACAUUUCCAGCAUGAAUUUGAAGAUUAGGUUCUUAAGCACAACAUAUUUUGGUGGGUUUUGCCGGCCCAGUGACGACUUUAACCAAGUUUGUACAAUGCAUGCCAAUUGUUGUGUUGGAUUGGACAACAAAGUCAAUGAUCUUAAGAUCUUGCUUCAGGAUUGGAAAAAUUACAUGGCACUGCCUCAGAUUGAGAAACAACAAUCACAUCGUUCUUGGACUGUUCCUCAACUUUGCAGGACUUCCUUCCAACGAAUGCAUCAGAGGCACAAUAAACGUUGACCAUGACGACUGACAACAAUACAUUAAUUAACUAUAAAGGUUUUGAAGGUUGGAGCAUUGUUUCACCCAGUCUUCAACUCAUCACAGCAAAGGAUUUAGGUUGUCAUGCCAAUCGUUUGGUUGAGUUCUUGAAGAAAUUCCAUACAACUAGAAUCUGCGAAGAUAGAAGAGAAAAAGGGAAGAGAGAAGUUAGGAAUUUGGAAGAAAGCAAAGACUUGAUUUAAUUUUAUGAAUAUGGAAUUAUAUGUAUGGU